CCUUUCAGGUUGAUGGCAAUGUCUCACUGCUCUGGUCUCCUCUCCACGGCUGCUAAAAUCAACCUGCUGGUUCUGCUGGUCUCUGCGGUGUUUUCCUGGCCGAGCUUAAGUGAGAGAGUUCCCGAGUUUGCCCUUACGAAAAUAGAAGACAGCGACAUAAAAGAUGACAGCGGGACAGAGCCAAUAACAGAAGAUGAAGCUGAUCCCGAAGACUUAGAAGUGUUUUACCCAACACAUCAAUGGCAAACUCUCCAUCCAGGUCAAGCUGUUCCUGCAGGGUCGCAUGUACGAUUAAAUCUGCAGACAGGAGAACGAGAAGCCAAACUCGCAGGCGGCGAAAAUGGAAAAAGUGACGUGAGAGAAGAGAAAAGGAAGAAAAGGCUGGGCAAGAUGGAUAUUGACUCAAAUUCAUUCACGUCACAGGAGCUCAAAAAGGCUUUGGCUAAAAUGAAGGAAAGUGAGAAGACAGAAAGAAUGGCCCGUGAGGAAGAGGUGAGAAAGAAGUUCCGUCCCAUAGAGGAGCUGAAGGAGGAGUUUGAGAAGCUAAACGUGAAGCUGGAGACAGACUAUGAGAUCAUGGUCAAACUAAUCGGCAAAUUCAACAGCUCUGCUUCUACGCUGGAUGAAAAAGUAGCAGCGCUCUAUGAUCUGGAAUAUUACGUUCAUCAGGUGGACAAUGCCAAGGACUUCCUCUCCUUGGGUGGACUUCAACUGGUGAUCAAUGGGUUGAACAGCACGGAGGCCACACUCAAGGAACACGCCGCCUUCGUGCUGGGAGCUGCGCUGUCCAGGUGA